AUAUCUACUACCCAGAUGAAAUUUAAACAUGAGUGUGAUUUCGUAGCACAGUGGGGAUUUGAGAAAGAUAACUAUUGUAAAGUAUAACACAGCAAAAUAUUAUAAUAACUAGUUACAUUUUGGUAUGCAAGUAUUGUCAGCGUUGGUGACUGAUGUAUUUAACUCUCAUGAACAAUAAUUUUUGCUUUAGCAAUGUGGUGUGAACUCAAGCCUGAAUCAGCAAUCAUUCAAGUUAUUAAAGGAGUUGCAUUUAAAUUUCGCAUCAUGGUGUUACAGAAAUACUCGCAUCAUCUGGAUAAGUUUACUCCAUGUUGGUUUACUACAAAGCAUUUGAAGGAAGUGUUGGCUCUUCUUUGUCCAGUACUAAUUAGUCAUGCAGAACAGAAGAGUACAUUAAAGAAAGAAGACACAAAAAAUAAAAAACUCUCAGGAGUUGGACAAAUUAAAGGUUCAACGCUUCAGGUUUCUUACAGUCUAAUGCUGGCUGUAAGUAAGAGAUACGUGGUUUUGCAUCCUCCAUAUAUGCCUGGUGGUUUAUAUCAACAUUGUCACCUGCAAAAUGACCUUGUCCAAGUUUAUGUAGAAGAAUUAUUAAAUGAGGAAGAAGAGAAAGAAAUAAAAUGUAAAUCAGAAAGUACAUCUAUUGUGGAUGUAGAGCAGCCAGGCAGCUGUAGAUACUUUUUUCAAAUACCUCAUGGGUUUGAAGCUACUUCACAGGAAAAAGUAUCUCUUCAAAGGAUUGUGACAUGUGGAAGAAAGAGGAAGAGAGAAGUUUUGAAAACUGAAGAACUAAAAGAAGUAGAUGAAGAAAAAGACAAUGAGAUAUCAGGAAGAAAUGACAAACAUGUGGAACUUUAUCCUAAUAGUGCCAGUUUUGAUUCACACUUGAAAUAUUCUCCACAAAGCUCUAUGAACUAUGCCAAAAGUGAUCCUGUUAAUCAGCUAGAAGAUGUGGAGUUAAAAACUCAUAACCUGAGUAGUGAUUUAGAAAACAGUAAAAAGAAAGAUAUUUCACAUGAGGCAGUGAUGAAAGAAGCACUUGAUUAUCAUGUGUGUGAAAGAUUUUCAGAAUCGUCUAAGACAGCCGUUUCAGCAGAAAAUAACCUUCAGUUAGAUGGUGACAUUGAAAAAACUUGUAACAAAGCGACUAGUAAGAUUGUUAGAGCCAAAUUAAAAGAAGGUGCUGAAAAUUUUAUGAUAACUAAUGAUUCACAAUUAGCCAGUGAAACUGCAUCAAGAUUGAAUAGUAAUAUUGGUUUAGCAUCAAAAAGGUGCAAGAAAAACCAAUCAACCUCAGUAAAAGGCAGGAAUCGAAUAGCAAGGAAACGGUCACAAAAUUGUGAUUGGUUUUAUAGUGAACUUCAUAGUUCUGAUUCAGAUAAAGAAACUUCUGUUGGAAAAAGUAAAAUUCAGCCAAGGGGAAAGCUUUCUCUUAAAAGAAAGAGAUGAAAAAAGAACUGGAUUAAAAAAUGAACAAUGGUGAAGACAAAUUUUACUCUAGGCUGAAUUUUUUUAUGCCUAUCUUUAACAGCAGGUAAUUGAUAUAAGCUGGUCACGAUGAGAUUAAAAUAUAUGUUUAUGUAUAACACACAUUUAUAUAUUUUUGUUUUAAAUAUCUGUAACAUUCUGAAAAUAUUUUUGCAUACCACAUAAACUUUUACUAGAAGGAAAAUAGGCAUUGUAGGGUAUCCUCUGUGUAUGAUAUUGUUUGGUGUGCUACAGUACAAGUGAAUUAGCGUGGCAUGGGCUAUUUGUUCAGUUUCACAUGUAGGUUUUUCCAGUGGAUUUUUUCUAAAGUAUUUGAGUGAUGGUUAUUUUCUUCAUGACUUUUCUGUAAAAAUGUUUGUUUCUAAGAAGCUUAUUGCGAAUUAAACAGUACUGCAACAUAUACAAAGACAUUUUUCAUGCAUAUGGUGAACAUUUUCUCAAUGAUGUUUAUUGCUAGGCAGCAGUAGUCAAAUUGCACGGGAGUGCUUGGUGGACAGCCCUGCCCACCGCCACUACGGCACUGACUACUAAAUAUCAGUAGCCUAUUGUCAACACUGUUAAGCCUAAUGUUUGAUAAUAAACUAAAUUAGUUUUUAUCAUUACUUUAUGUUCACACUGAAGUAAUUAAGCUCAUCUUUCAUUUUAUACAAGUGUCAAAUAAAUACUGGUCUCUACUUUAUUUGAUGUUUACAUAAUACUAAUAAUACAAAGUAUUUUACUAAUAAUAAUUUAUCCUGAUUUAUAAUCUACCUAUAACUUAUAAGCUGAAAUUAAAUAACAUAUAAAAUCAAGUAUACAAGUUACUCCUUAACCCUAUAGCCACGGGCAUCCUUUACUGCGCAUGAUACAAGAGCUUUGAUGUUACCUCCCUCUUUACAAAUAUUCCCUUAAAUGAAACCAUUAACAUAUGCAUAUCUGAGCUUUCGCGUAAUAACAUUCCUCUAAAUGGCUUUUCUGAAAAUCAAAUUAAGACCAUGCUGGAUCUUACCAC